AUGGCUAAUAUUUAUAGUCAAAUUAAAUUUGCUUAAAAAAGUGUAUAGGAAAAUAUUGAUACAAAAUAACCCCCUAUAUACCUAUGUAGAAGUACAAACAAUUGCAAUUAUAGCGAAAAGGAUAUUGGCCAUUAUUGUCUAAGUGAUAAAGAAUAAACUUAAGAGUACUAAAAAUGUGAUUGGCGCGGAGCAGGAUGGAAUGAUUGGGAAAAAUGCAACUCACCUUGUAAAUAUUGCUUUUGUGCCAAUGAUAUUCAAUGUUUGGGUUGCGAUAAAAAUUAUUUCUUUAGUUCGUAUGACACAACCUAUGUGAAGGAUUAUACAAUGGUUUGUGAAAUAGAAUGCCCACCAUCAUAUUUAACAUAGGAAUUAGAAUGUGUGAAGAGUUGUAAAGGUGGCUAUACUAUUUAUAAUAAUUCAGUAUGCCUACCAUAUUCUCAAAUUACAGAUAACUUCUUAGUGACUAACAAUGAUUCUAACUAACCAAAAACCAUAUUCGUUGAUUGCCCUCAAGUUUGCUAAACAUGCACAAGUUAAACACAUUGCACUCGUAGUCUAAAUCAUUAUAUUCUAAACUAAAAUAAAUGUCUUAUAACAUGCUAUCCACAGUAUCUCUAUAUUGAUGAAGAUGAUGUAAAUCAUUGCUUAACUAGCUGUGAUCCAAAUGAUUAUUUAUAUGAUAACGCUAAUAUUGACGGAUAUUCUAUUAGACAAUGCUUCAAAAACAAAUGUGGCUCAAUCUAGAUUAAUUAGAAGUAAUAAACUUAUUUACAUUAAACGAAGCCUCAUACUUGUGUGUAUCCAUGUGAUGAUCAAUAUUAUUUUCAAUAAAACACAGAUUAAUGCUCAAAAUGCAACUCAAUUUGUUAGGAUUGUUAAAACUCAGCCAAUUUUUGUAAUAAAUGCUGGCCAGGCAUUUUUCUUUAAGACAAUAGUUGCUUCACUUCUUGCCAAUCUAAAUUUAAGAAUUACAUGAAUAAUCAAUGCGAAGGCUCAUGCUCUAAUGGAUUUACUCUUAAUGAGAUUAAAAUAUAAGCCUGUGUCUCCUUUUGUGGGGAAAUAUUUUCUAUAUUUACCUAUGUACUCAAUGGUCAAUGCUUUCAGAAUCCUCCCACAACUGGAGCAUUUUGCAUAGGGUAAUAGUGUUAUAAUUGCUUUAUAAAUGCAUGA